GAAAGCUAAGAAUUUUACGAAUCUCGUAUUCCUCUGAAGCCCCCGAGGGACAACAAUCCAAUAAAGGACAAAAACAAUCUCUUAGCAGCCAUAGUAAAUUCAUUUUAGACAAGAAAUGCUUUAUAAUUGCAUUUUACUCACUUCACUACAAUGUCAAUAAAAACUUACCCUCAUCACUUCUGAAAUCCAAUUUGGAGGACGAGAAAGGGUAAUCCGAGGAUUUAAAUUUCCUGGGGUUUUCAGCAAUUGCAAAACCCAGUUUGGAAUUUAUUUAUUCACCUUUGCUGGUAAUUGCUAUUAUAUUUUGCUUGGUAGAUUUUACUGUUGGUAGCAGGGAUGGUUCAAGAGAAGGGAUCAUCGUCUGUAAGUUCGUCACCUCUGCAUUUGUUUUCCAUGAUGUCUCUUUCACCUGGUUUAGGAUCACCAUUUCCUUCGCUCCAGGAAAUGAGAUCUGAGGAUCGAGGUCUUUUUCUGAUCCAUCUUCUUAUUGCUUGUGCUAAUCAUGUUGCUGCUGGUAAUGUCGAGAAUGCAAAUAUUGGUCUUGAAUAUAUUUCACAUCUUGCAUCACCCGAUGGCGAUUCCAUGCAGAGAAUUGCAGCGUACUUCAUUGAAGCGCUUGCUGACCGUAUGCUUAAAGGUUGGACUGGACUGCACAAGGCCCUUAAUUCCACCAAAAUAACGUGGAUGACUGAGGAAAUUCUUGUUCAGAAGUUGUUCUUCGAGUUCUGUCCCUUUCUAAAGCUUGCUUAUGUGAUCACAAACCAGGCUAUUCUUGAAGCAAUGGAAGGUGAGAAGGUGGUUCACAUUAUCGACCUCCAUUCUUUUGAGCCUGCACAGUGGAUUAGUCUCCUUCAGGCAUUAAGUGAGCGCCCUGAAGGCCCGCCUCAUCUAAUAAUUACAGGCAUUAAUGAACAGAAAGUGGUAUUAGAUCAAAUGGCUCAUCGAUUGAGCCAGGAAGCUGAAACAUUAGACGUCCCAUUUCAGUUUAAUCCCAUUGUUAGCAGGUUAGAGAAUCUUGAUGUUGAAUGUUUACGUGUCAAGUCCGGAGAAGCCGUUGCUUUAAGUUCUGUGCUUCAGCUACACCCUCUAUUAGCUGUUGAUGAUGAGAUGCUACGGAGAAAUUCCCCCAUGGUGAAUAAGAGUCCUAAUUCUGUUCACUUUCAAGGAGUCUUGCAGUUGAAUCCACACACUUUAGGUGACUUUCUUGAUAAGGACAUGAUUAAUACAUAUGGUGCCAGCCCAGAUUCUGAAUCGUCUUCGCCACUAUCUUUGCCCAUUCCACCGAAGAUGGCAAGUUUUCUAAACGCCAUUUCGGGUCUUUCCCCAAAGUUAAUGGUGGUGACUGAGCAAGAAUCAAACCACAACGGGUUUAAUUUAAUGGAGAGACUCAUGGAAGCAUUGAAAUUUUAUGCAGCACUGUUUGAUGGCUUGGAGUCGACUGCACCAAGGGCAUCCAUAGAGCGUCAAAAGAUUGAAAAGAUGCUAUUUGGAGAUGAAAUUAAGAAUAUUAUAUCUUGUGAGGGUCUCGAUAGAAAGAAGAGGCACGAGAAGCUUGACAAAUGGAUUCCUCGGUUUGAGUUGGCUGGUUUUGCCAAGGUCCCCUUGAGCUACCAUGUCAUGAUGCAGGCAAAGAGAUUAUUACAUAGUUAUAACUAUGAUGGAUAUAAAAUCAAAGUCGAAAAUGGCUGUUUUAUAAUCUGUUGGCAUGAUCAACCACUUUUCUCAGCUUCAGCAUGGAGGUUUAGAAGGUACAGUUGAUCAUCGUUAGCCUCGAAAUCAGAUGAUUUUUGUAUUUUGUUUCUCUUCUCCAAUAUUCAUUUCUGUAUAGAGGAUUUUAGUUUGUCGUUUCCCUUUCCAACAGCAUAUUUCUCGUGGAUAAAAGGAUGGAAAAAACUUUCAUAAUUGUACUGUAUGUCUAUUCUUCGAUUCAAGAAUGCACAUCAAUGUAUCUAGCUAAUGGCGUAAUACGAUUCAAUUGCUUUACUACCAA